CAGAAUCGCCUCUAUCAAGCCAUCCAGAGAGCAGACGACAUUCUGGACUUGAAGUUCUGCAUGGAUGGAGUCCAGACAGCCCUGAGGAAUGAAGAUUAUGAACAGGCUGCUGCGCAUAUUCAUCGCUACCUUUCUUUGGACAAAUCUGUCAUUGAGCUCAGCAGGCAGGGCCGGGAAGGCAGCAUAAUUGAGGCCAACUUGAAGCUUCUGCAGGAGGCAGAGCAGCGCCUGAAGGUGAUUGUGACUGAGAAAUUUGACAUUGCCACAAAACAGGAAGACCUGCCCCAAGUGGAACGCUUUUUCAAGAUAUUUCCUCUGCUGGGCUUGCAUGAAGAAGGACUAAGUAAAUUCUCCGAGUACCUGUGCAAACAGGUUGCAAAUAAAGCGGAGGAGAACCUGCAGUUGGUGAUGAAGACAGACAUGAGUGACCGUAGAGCUGCAGCUAUCUUUGCAGACACGCUGACCCUACUUUUUGAAGGGAUUGCCCGUAUUGUGGAGACCCACCAGCCCAUUGUGGAGACCUACUAUGGACCAGGCAGGCUUUAUACACUGAUUAAGCACCUACAGACAGAAUGUGAUCGACAGGUAGAAAAGGUUGUGGACAAGUUUAUCCAGCAGAGAUCCUAUCACAGACAGUUUCAGCAUGUUCAGAACAGCAUGAUGAGGAGUUCAGUUGCAGAAAAGAUUGAGCCAAGGGAACUUGACCCCAUUUUAACGGAGGUUACCUUGAUGAAUGCACGGAGUGAGCUGUAUCUGAGAUUCAUUAGACGGCGCAUCAUCUCCGACUUUGAGGUGGGAGAUUCCAUGGCUUCAGAGGAUGUGAAGCAAGAGCAUCAGAAGUGCCUGGACAAGCUGCUGAACAACUGCUUACUGAGCUGCGCCAUGCAGGAGCUGAUUGGCUACUAUAUUACCAUGGAGGAGUAUUUCAUGAGGGAGACUGUCAACAAGGCUGUUGCUAUGGACACAUGUGAGAAGGGUCAGCUGACCUCCAGUAUGGUGGAUGAUGUCUUCUAUAUCGUGAAGAAGUGCAUUGGGCGGGCUCUUUCCAGCUCCAGCAUUGACUGUCUCUGUGCUAUGAUCAAUCACUCCAUCACGGAGCUGGAGUCAGAUUUCAGGGAGGUCUUGUGCAACAAACUCAAGAUGGGUUUCCCAGCCACCACAUUCCAGGACUUCCAGAGAGGUGUGACCAGCGCAGUGAGCAUCAUGCACAGCAGCCUUCAGCAGGGCAAGUUUGACACCAAAGGCAUUGAAAGUACAGAUGAGGCCAAGCAGUCCUUUCUGGUGACAUUAAACAAUGUGGAGAUCUGCAGUGAAAACAUCAUGACACUAAAGAAGACCCUGGAGAGUGACUGUGCCAAGCUGCUUAGCCAGGGGUUUGGGGGUGAACAAGCACAACCCAAGAUUGACAGCUGUCUUUCAGACAUGGCUGCCAUGUCCAACAAGUUUCGAGAUCUGUUGCAGGAAGGGUUGAAUGAGCUCACUAACUCAGCUAUCAAGCCACAGGUGAAACCUUGGAUCAACCUCUUCCUGUCAGUCUCCCAUAACAUUGAAGAGGAAGAGUUCAAUGACUAUGAGGCCAAUGACCCCUGGGUCCAGCAAUUCAUCCUCAAUCUGGAGCAGCAGAUGGCAGAGUUCAAGGCUGGAUUGUCACCGGUGAUCUACGACAGCCUGACCAGCCUGAUGACCACCCUCAUUGCUGUUGAACUGGAGAAGGUUGUUCUCAAGUCUACUUUCAGUAGGCUGGGUGGGCUGCAGUUUGACAAAGAGCUGCGCUCCCUAAUUGCCUACCUCACCACAGUGACCACCUGGACCAUCCGUGACAAGUUUGCCCGGCUCUCCCAGAUGGCAACCAUUCUCAACUUGGAAAGGGUAGCAGAGAUUUUGGAUUACUGGGGGCCAAACUCAGGCCCACUGACAUGGCGCUUAACCCCCGCUGAGGUCCGUCAAGUGCUGGCCCUCCGGAUGGAUUUUCGCAGUGAAGACAUCAAGCGACUUCGCCUCUAGCUGUCUUUGCAACAACCUACUCCUGCUAGUGGAGAUCACUGGUGCCCUCUUCUAAGAAGGCCUUGCUAUGUUCUUAAGACUGGAGGGAAAUGCAAGUCCCUUUCCCAGUGGGAUCUCUGAAGCUGAAAGAACAACCACCUCAGUAUACGUUGGGUAAACUUCAAAACCUUAGUUCCUCCUUCAGAGAUUUCCCUCUUGUUUUUCUGCAAGUUGGUACAGCUCGCCUGUUUCUACAUCUUUAUCAUAAUGCACAAACAUUUCUACACAAAUUCAAGUUAAAUAGCAACUGAAAUU